GAAAAAUACAUGUUUUCUAGAAAAGUUACUUAACAAUUUCAAUAAAAUGAUUAAAAUGAAAAGGAUAAAAGGAUAGCGAAAAUGCAAACUUCUUUCUUUAAAUCGUUUACAUCUUCAAAGAGAGAAGGCAAGGAUGGUGAUGGUAUAUCAAUAAUUUUAUUAAAAUUAGAGUUUUAAUUUUUCUUUCGAAGUUAAGAUUGUGCAUUCCAUACAAUAUUAUUCAUGAUGGUUAAUUUUUAAAAAGCAGAGGAAGAAUCUAAAAAAAAGGGCUUUUCUUUAUUAAGUAAUCCUAAGCCAAUUAUGAAUAUGGAAUCAUAUUCAGAUAUAAGUGAACUCAGACCGUACUUAUGUAUAUGUUUAAAAUAGGGAGUUGAUAUAUUUUUUUACCGUUAUUUCUGUGAGGGACUUACAUGAUUUCUAUGUUGAUUUCUAUGCAUCAUUUGAUACAAAUAGAAAUUUUAGUUUAGAAAAGAAGGAGCUUUAAAAAAUGUUAGAAAUUGUGUUAGGAUUGAUUGGGCAUUAAAAAUUUAAAGUUUUUAGUGAUCAAGCUUUGAUAGAUAAUGAAGCUUUUGAUGGAACUUUAAACUAAAAAAUCUUAAAUGAUAUUGGUGAAAAUUUUAUGUUGCCUAAUGAAUAAAAUAAAGUUGACUACUUAUUGAUAUUUCCAUAUAUUUUAAGCUUCUAUUUAGAAUAUACAUAUUAGGAUAUAAGGAAUAAAUAAAAACGAUUAGAUAUAAUCAAGGGAACUGAGUACCUGAGAGGAAAAGAAGUUGAGAUUAAAAAUAUUACAAGUCUUAUUUCAAUUCUAAAAGAAAUGGGAAUUGAUUAUUUAAAAGAUAAAAAUACUUAUAAAAUUUCUUUUAGAGAUGUUGAAAAUAUUUUAUUAAAAUUUAAGAAUAUUUAAAAAUGGAUGACAUUUGAAGUAAUAUAAUAGAUUUUACAAUCAUUAAGUAAACUUAUGUUUGUAGAUGAAAAAACAUAAGAAGAAACUAAAAAAUUAAAGUUACAUAAAAUAAUUGAUUUUGUUGCAUUAAAAUUAUGUAUUCAUUAAGAUUGUCUAAAAAUAAAAAAAUAAAAAAAAGAAUCUAAUUAAUCUGUAUUUCUGGAAGUAAUAUUUAUAUAUAUUUUUAAUAUUAGAUCUUAGUAUUAUGGAAUUGUGCUUAGCUUUCUAGGUUUUCAGAAAAAAAAACUUUGACCUUAAAAUUUGAGAAAUUUCUAGAUAAACAUUUUUAUGAGAAGGAAACUUUUAAUAGAUUAGAAAUGUAAAAAUGUUUAGAAAAAUUUUUCAAAAAAUUUUAUUAAUUGAUGCCAAAAAAGUAAAUUUACGAUAUAAUUCAAUGUCAUCAACUUUUUACAGAUAAAAAUAUUAUUAAAAAUUAUUCAAUUGAAAGAGAAGAAUUUAAAAACUCUCUUUUUACUAUGAUAUGUAAGGAUGGUUACAAUAAAUUAAAAUAAUAUGUAAAAAUUAUAUUUGAUGGUAUUACAAAAUAGUCAAAAACAACAACAAUAUAAUAUUAGAAUUAUGGGAAGGAAUUAGAUUAAGAAAGUAUAUAAGGAGGAUUGUCUUCAUAAAAAUAGACUAGGGAUCGAUAAAUUAGUUAAUAAACAAAUUCUUACUAAUAAUAGUAAUAUUAAAAAUAAUAAAAAGAAAAAGAAAAAGAAAAAGAAGUUAGUGAUAGUGAUUCAAGUAGCAAUGAUGAAAAAUAAAAAGGAGUUUAACCUAGUCAAAAAUUCAAAACAGCUGUUAGAACUAUCUAAUCUGGAAAUAUGAUAAUGAAAGAGAGAAAUGAAAGUAAAGAUAUAUUAAAGGCUUGUUUAAUGAUGGAUAGUUUUCUGAAACGUUAAACAUAAAGAUUAUAGAAUUAUGUAAAAGUAUCCAAAUCUGUAAACAUUUCUGUAGUUAAAUCUGAUGUAAAAUAAUAAGAUAAGUCUUUGUUUUUGGAUUAAGAUGAAUAAAAGGAAUUGUUUGAUCCUUCUGAUAUGUUAAAUAAGAAAAGAUAGGAAUAGAAAAAUAAAGAAAUAUAUAACAUUAAAAAAACAAAGGAAGGAAAGGUUUGGGAGAAAAAUGAUGUUCCAUAAGAUAAAAAGAUCGAAUAAGAUAUGGAUGUAGUAAGUACUUAAGUUGAACAACCUAUUGAGAUUCCAAAUGAAUUAAGAUUUCCAGAGGGUAAAUAAAAGAAAAAAUUAAAUCGUCUAGAAUUGGCUAAUGAAUUACAAAUGGUUUUAGGAAAAUCAAAUAGUGAUUUUGGUUCAAAUAAUUUUAAGUAAGCCAUUAGAUUAUAAUCAGCAUCUCAAAUGACUCAACCUAUAAAAAUAUCAAAAUAAUAAGAUGUAAUUUAUAUUUAUUUAUUAAAUAGGAGUAAGAUAAUUUAGUUAUAAUUAAUGAAACUGUUCUGGACAAUUUAAUUAGACGUAAUUAACAUUAAGAAAGAGUAAGAAAAUCUACAAGAGAUGAUUGUUAAUGUUUAAUUUAUUGA